UCAGGCUUAGUAUUCAUGUUGGUUGGUUGACUGCGUGCGAGAAAAGAGGAAAGGUUGAGACUGAGCUGAGAGCUGAGACGAGAGAGAGGAGCGGUUGGUCAGCUGUUUUGGUGGAGUUUGUUGGGUGUUGUGUAUGAGAAGUGUAGAGGGAAAGUGGUUCAGCAUUCAACCUGCAAACAGCAAUACACUCUUGUAACAUCGAAAGGUGUUGCAACCUAUCCUUUCUGGAUUGCUGAAAGGAAGCGAUACUGAAGGCCAAAGAAAAUGGCCCAGGAUUGGAGGCCAUUUGUCUUUGGAGGAAUUGCAUCUGUUGUUGCUGAAUUUGGAACAUUCCCUAUAGAUUUAACAAAGACAAGAUUACAAGUGCAAGGACAGAAAACUGAAGCAAACUUUCGUGAGUUGAAAUAUCGAGGAAUGUUUGACGCUCUUUUCCGUAUUUCCAAAGAAGAAGGUGUGAAAGCGCUUUAUUCUGGUAUUCGUCCAGCAGUUUUACGGCAGGCCUCAUACGGAACAAUAAAAAUAGGCUGCUAUCAUACAUUCAAACGAUUGCUAGUAGAAAGGCCUGAAGAUGAGACACUAGCAGUAAACGUUUUAUGUGGUAUAGCGGCUGGCAUUAUAUCCUCAUCCAUAGCAAACCCAACAGAUGUUUUGAAGGUGAGAAUGCAGGCACAAAGUGAUAGGUUCUCUAAUGUUACCAUGGUUACAUCAUUUGUCAACAUAUACCAACAAGAAGGUACACGAGGACUAUGGAGGGGUGUUGGGCCAACUGCUCAAAGGGCUGCUGUCGUUGCUGGUGUUGAGCUGCCUGCUUAUGACUGGUCCAAGAGGCUAAUUAUUAAUCAUACUCAACUUGGCAAUAGUAUAACAACUCAUUUCUUAGCAAGUUUUUUUGCUGGUUUUGUUGGAGCAGUGGCAUCAAACCCAAUUGAUGUUGUCAAAACCAGGAUGAUGAACCAACAGAACCUAAGACAAAGUGUGCAAUUAAAACAAGGUCAAAAACAAAAUAUUUAUAAAAAUACAUUGGAUUGUUUUGUUAAGACUGCUAGAUAUGAAGGAUUCUUUGCAUUAUACAAAGGCUUUAUACCAACGUGGGUCCGUCUUGGACCGUGGAACAUUAUCUUCUUUGUUACGUUUGAGCAGUUAAAGAAACUUGGAAUAUGAUGGAAAUGUAAUGACAUUCGAAUAUUUUUAACAAGAGAAUCACCGCCUUGAUUUUUUUCUUGAACUAUGCAAGCAAAUUACAAGAUUACGCAAGAGCCCAAUGCUUUAUUCCAUCUGGAUUACUGCUUUUUUUACAUAAAUUAUUCAUCAGUUUGAAUUCAAAACAUUGUGUGAAAUUGCUUGAUUUGCAGUCAGUUUUCUUAUGAUGAUGAGUUGGAAUGCAGGCAGUGAUUUAUGUACUUAUAUACCCAUUAAUACUGCCGGCACAAAUUUGAUUUUAGUUGUUACUUCACAGUAGGCUUUGCACUCCCUCAUAUUAUAAUUCGGUGCUGGGUGAACAUGCCUGGACAGGGUCAUGUGAAUGGCUUGGCGUUUGAGAUUCAGGGGUUUCAAUUUGGGAGACGCCACUUCAGGGAUAUAUGUUUUUAAUGUGCUUUCUUUGAUCAUUUAAUAUUUUGCACAGUCAGCUAACAACAUUAGGGUUGCAAUUAAUGAUACAAGUGAAAAGUCAUGCAAACAUUUGUGGGGUAUGGGUUGGUUUUGUUGAGAUCUUGCAAGAAGUCAUGAGACUCCUCCCACAAGACUACUCCGUGUCCCUUGGGAGACAUUAAACCUUGGUUAACCCCUCCCACGAGACUACUUUGUGUCUCUUGGGAGACUUCCAACCCUGGUCAAGUCCUCCCAUGAGACUACUCUGUGUCUCUUGGGAGACUUCCAACCCUGGUCAACUCCUCUCAUGAGACUACUCUGUGUCUCUUGGGAGACUUCCAACCCUGGUCAACUCCUCCCAUGAGACUACUCUGUGUCUCUUGGGAGACUUCUAACCCUGGCCAACUCCUCCUAUGAGACUACUCUGUGUCUCUUGGGAGACUUCCAACCCUGGUCAACUCCUCCCAUGAGACUACUCUGUGUCCCUUGGGAGACUUCCAACCCUGGUCAACUCCUCCCACGAGACUACUCUGUGUCUCCUGGGAGACUUCCAACCCUGGUCCCGUCCUCCCAUGAGACUACUCUGUGUCUCUUGGGAGACUUCCGACCCUGGUCAACUCCUCCCAUGAAACUACUCUGUGUCUCUUGGGAGACUUCCAACCCUGGUCAACUCCUCCCACGAGACUACUCUGUGUCUCUUGAGAGACUUCCAACCCAUGUAAAUGAAAGGCUUGCUCAACCCCACUACAAAUAAUUUUUCUUUUGCAUUUAAAUUGCUGUUUAAAUAGGUUGUAUAUAAUUUUCGCUUGCUGCACACCCACCUAUGAUUUUGAUUAUUUGACAGCAAAUGAAUAAUAGUUACAGUUUUAAUUUUGAUUGUCUUAGCCAUCCUGCCACUGUGAAAUAUAUACUCUUUGUGAAGAGAUCCAUGAAGAAUAUGUUGAAUAGUAGUUAAGGUAUCAACUAAUGUGGAGGUAAAGAAAAGAACAAACUUUCGAACAACAGAGAGCUGUUUAAGCAAUUUUAACAUAUCGACACUGUCAGUGUAAAAAUGUUGCAACUUGAGAUCCACAUAUUUUUUACUUAGUGCAUAUAGGAAUUUGAUCGGUGUCCUACCUGUGUUUCUUUGACCUUGGCAGUGGAAAAGAAGUAUCCAAGAAUGCCAUAAAUAAAAAAAUGUAAUCCCUAAGAGUCCGUGCACUUUUUGUACUGGCCAGUAAGUGCAAUUUCUACACUAAUCGGGUGUUUACACAUUUAGUGUGUCUGAUGAACAGGUAUGAAGUAUAUUCAUUAUUUAACAGGAUAGAGAAUAUUAAAAUCAGUUACACAUUGAAGCACUGCAGUGAAUAAUCAAAGGUCACAAGGUGAAAAAGGUACUUCCGGGUUAAAUGAGAUUUCACAUCUAAUUUUAUUUCGCUGCAUGUUGUGAUACAUAGUGCUAGCUGAUUUCAAGAAGAUUGUAAAAUAAUGCAGAAUUUGUGGGAGAUGGGUUAGUUUUCACGAGGUUUUUGCUAGCUUGCUUGAUUUCCGAGAGACUUGUGACUCGCCGAAUACUAGGGGCCCCUUGGAAUAGAAUUUGAUUUUGAUGCCCGUUUUGAUGUGAUGAAUCCAUUAUUACUGAUCUGUUGUAAAAGAACAAAAAAUUGGCAUUUUAAAUAUAAAUACUUCGCCAUGCAAAAUACUUCGCCAUGCAAACCUUCAAACAAUAUUUUAAAUAUAUAUAUAUUUAUUUCCAGUAUAUAUUAUUAAUACAUUUGAUUGAUUGUCAUUUUAAACACAGUUUUCUAUUAUUAGUCUUUUAUUAUUUUUAUACAUUUAUAUAUUUAUUAUUAUUUUUUUUUUAAUUUGUUUUAUCUGCAAUAUAGGCAUAUUGUAUAGGAUGUCAACUCAGGUACAUGUUAAUAGAGGGCCAGUGGGUAUAUGAUUAGAGAAGAGAAUUGGGUCCUUUGGAAGUUGAAGUGAUAGAAAAAGAAAAGUUUAAGGGCAGACAUGAGAUUUGGAAUACAGUAGAUUGGUUUGGAUAAGAGGUAAAAUAUUAGGGCAGGGAAAUGGUUUGAAAAGAGUUAAAAGAGUUAGGGGUUUGGAGAAGGGGAAGAAAUUUAGAGAAGGGAAGAGUUUAAAGCACUAUCCAGAUUCCAGAUUAUUAAAUUUUAUUUGACAAAAACAUGUGACAUGCCUAAAUAUGGUCAUGAUGACAUCACACCAUGACCAUAUAUAGGUACAUCAGGUAUGGGCAUGCAACUGUUUUUUGUCAAGGAAAAUUUUGAUAGUGUGGAGAGAGCUUACAUUUAAUCCCUUCACUCAAAAUUGCUCCAAACAUGUUUUAGCCCUCAUUUUCCUUUUCAUGAGAAUUAUACUGCAAUACAACUGCUCAUUUAAUAUUAUUAUAACACACCUAAAUAGAUCCCUGUUAUUUGAUUGGUGGAUUUCGUAUCACGUGACAUUGGUUAUUUACCCAAUUUUGUCACUCAUCAUGGAAAUUUAGUUCCACCAUGCAUUUCUAUUUCCAUCCAUGCAUUUUCCCAUUGCACGGUGGUGCCUAGGAUACGAUAUGGCGAUAAAUUGGUUAAAGAGACGCUGGACUUUCCUAUUUAGAUAAAAGGUAGAUUUUUUUCAUAAAAUAUCAAAUGACUAGAAUCUCCAUUCAGAAAAUAAAGGUAGAUUUUUUUUCAUAAAUUAUCAAAUGACAAGAGUCUAUUUUAGGUGUGUUAUUAAACAAAUAAAGUAUAUUGUUUAUGAGUGCAAUGGAAAGAAAAUUUCCAUGAGUUGAAAGACUGACUGUUCCAUUCAACUCGGCUCUGCCUCGUCAAAUGGAACAGUCAGUCUUUCAACUCACGAAAAUGUUCUUCCCAUUGCACUCAUAAACAUUUAUUUGUAUAACUAUAUUACUUUACUCUUUGCUGGGUCAUUAUUUAUUUGGGCUGAAUACUAUUACUGUAGUUUUAUUCACUAAUGAUUUUAGUGCAAACAAGUUGUUAUUCAACUACUACAGAGAAAUUUAAAAUAUAGCAUUUUGAAGAUUUAAUACAAUACAUGACCUUCUUGUAGAGUAAAUAUAAAUAUACAGCAGGUAGGAAGUGUUGGCCUACUACUAACAGUUAAUGUCCGUAAUGUUCGUUUCCAUUGCGCAUUUCCAAAUACAAUAUGGUGCAGUGUAUCAUGGGCAUUUUGGUUUAUUUUAACUAAUUCUUAUGUUCUUAAAUUUAGAUUUUUACUGCUCGGCAUUGAAUUGCAAAGAUAUUAUACACAGAUUAAACAGGUUGUCUUUUUAUUACGUUUUUGAAGUGAUAGGUCUUUUUAGUAGUGUUCACAAUACUGCCUUUUUAUAUAAUUUAAUGUCACAAUAUUAAUGUCACAAAAUGCCUGGUUUAAUUUAUAUGUUCAUAAUAAAGAAAAUUGCAUAAAUUUA